AGCAGCAACCCCACAAGCUAGCCUACAACACGUACAGCACAACAAAGAGGUGCAAACACAUACAGAUACUGAGAAUCAAAAGAUCACCACGCACUAUGCAUGCAAGCAAGAACUUUGUGGAGGAUGCUGUCGCUGAAGUCGAUUUUGACUUCUCCCCGUUCCUAAAACGGUACAAGGAUGGCCGAAUCGAGCGGUUGCUGAGGAGUCCUCCCGUGGCUGUGUCGGAGAACCCGAGAGCCAACCGCGGGGUGGCAACGAGAGAUGUGGUCAUCGACCACAGCACCGGUGUGUCGGCACGGCUGUUCCUCCCCUCCCGGGCCGCCAAGGCUGCCGGCAACAGGAGGCUCCCCAUCGUGGUGUACAUCCACGGCGGCUCCUUCUGCACGGAGAGCGCCUUCUGCCGGACCUACCACGGCUACGCCACCUCCCUCGCUGCGAGCGCCGGGGCGCUCGUCGUCUCGGUGGAGUACCGCCUCGCGCCGGAGCACCCCAUACCUGCGGCCUACGACGACGCAUGGUCUGCGCUCAAGUGGGUGGCAUCCUUCGCUGACCCCUGGCUCGCCGACUACGCAGAUCCCGCGCGCACGUUCCUUGCCGGCGACAGUGCAGGCGGGAACAUCGCCUACCACACAGCGGUACGGGCCAGCCAAGACGACGGAUUGGAAUUGGGCAUCGACAUCGAGGGGAUGGCCAUCGUGCACCCCUACUUCUGGGGAGCCGAGCGGCUGCCUUCCGAGGAGGUCUGGGAUGGCGCAGCGGUGUUUCCAGCCUACGGGGUGGACUGGCUCUGGCCGUUCGUGACCGCGGGCCAGGCCAGCAACGAUGACCCUCGGCUCAACCCUCCUGAGGAGGAGAUCGCGUCGCUGACGUGCCGGCGGGUCCUCGUGGCUGUGGCCGAGAAGGACACCCUGCGGGAACGCGGGUGCCGCCUCCUCGACCGCUUCAGCGACUACUACGCGCGCACUGCCACCAGCGGCGAGGCAACGCUGGUGGAGUCGGAGGGCGAGGACCACGGCUUCCACCUCUACAGCCCGCUGCGCGCCACCAGCAGGAGGCUCAUGGAGAACAUCGUGCGCUUCAUCAACCAGCCUCCAAAGCCUAUGAUACUAGGUGUCCCUCGCCGGCCGUUUAUGGACGUAUUUGACUAUGGGAUGAACAUGAAACGUCGUUGCAGUGACUCGACGACGACGACCUGCAGCAUGGCGUAUGCAACGUCAAAAAUUGGAGGACCCAAGAAAAACUACGGGCUCUUUUCGGGCGCCGUGUGGCCUACUAACAAGCAGGCCUACAAGGGGCCAGCAGCAGCAGCCGCCUUCGCCGGAACUCGUCAUCUUAUCAAGAACAUGUGGUAAUAAUAGCUAUAGGGGCUGUGGUCUUCACCAAAAUGUGAUGUGGAUCGUGUUGUGUUGUAUAAUCUCUCAUCAUUAACUAAUAUAGAUGUACUAUUGGACACAUUUUAACACAUAUUACCCCUUAGCACGAGAAACGUAUGUAGUUUUAUACAUUUAUACAAAACACAACCUUGUGAACCUUUGAAAAUUUCAUUGAGAAAUCAUUACCUAAUUUUCUUUGUGUCCUUUUUACUUAUUUAUUUAUUUACUCUCCUUUAAGUAUAGACCAUAUACAGCUAGGCACUCUACUGUUCCGAUUGCCCUAGGCCCCUAGUAGAAGAUGGUCAUCUCCAGCACAGAGAUAGAUUAAUCACUACUUAUCCCAAAUUAGUAUGGUAGAACCUGGGCAGUUCAAAAAUCCAUCAAGCUGAGUUAAUUUGCUAACGUUGGUAUCUUGCAGGGCUGA